UCCAGACUGCGGGGGCAGAGAACAGGUUGUCAUUUAGCGCAAAGAAACUUGUUUUAGUUGCGUUACAGGCUACCCACAAAGAUAAGACUGCUAACUGAUUGUUAGAGAAGGCGUUUUUUGUGUGUGCUUCCCGUGUGUGUUUAAACUUGGUGGGGAUGGUACUUGAACGAUCAGGCUUUCAGGAUCUCAAGCAUCUUUCUGAGAGGAUUACCAAACAUGAAAGCCAGCGGACAACGCGGUAGAAGUGGGCAAACAGCUACACACACUCACAGCGCACUCACACGGGGGAUUGAGCAGGAUAUAUAACAGCAAACUGAGGAGAACAGAAGUAACAUGGAGCAGAUCACAGGCUAUCUCUGCAGGUAUAAAAACUACAACUUUGCUGUUGGUUACACAACUCCAGAGCACAUCGAUUCACUCCAGAGCUUUGAAAUUCGAGAUAGUGACGUACUCCUCGUCACUUAUCCAAAGUCAGGUACUAUAUGGACUCAACAGAUCAUCAUCUCCAUCUGUGAGUUAGACGGGGGUCUGUAUGAAUAUGCAAACAACUUGGAGCAUAUGCCGUGGCUGGAGUACAGCGAGGGUCGAGGAGAUUACACUGUACGACCCUCUCCACGGCUCUUCACCUCUCACCUUACCCCGGCUCUCAUGCCUCCGGGACUAAAGGACAAGAAGGCAAAGAUUAUCUACGUGAUGCGGAAUCCAAAGGACAACAUUGUCUCCUAUUACCACUUCUGCAGAAACUGUGGUGACCUGGAGACUCCCAAGAGCUUCGAGGACUUCUUUGAGCAGUAUCUGACAGGCAACGUUGGAGCAUCAUCCUGGUUUGACCACAUCAGGGAGUGGCAUUCAAAGAGAGACCAGUACAACAUCCUCUUCCUCACCUAUGAGGACAUGAUUUUAGACCUCAAGGAAGCAGUAACUAAGAUCUGCACUUUCUUUGGGAAAAACCUGAGUGAAGCAGCCAUUGAGCAAGUUGUGGAAAAAGCUACAUUUAAGAACAUGAAGAAAGAUUCCAAAGCCAACUACAAGUUUCUGCCACAAGAUAAGGUGAAGAAAGACUAUAUGCGCAAAGGUAAGAUCGGUGACUGGAAGAACACCUUUACCCCCGCUCAGAGUCAAAAAGUGGAUCAACUCCUGCAGGAGAGACUCGGUGAUAUGUCUCUGAAGUUCAUCUGGGAGUAAGCAGGGUAGCCCCACCAACCUUAAGCUGUUUACAUGUUUUUAAUCCUGUAAGAUCCCUAAAAUGCAUUGACACGGUCGGUCUUGCACUUCCAACAAUCUACAGUAGCUGUUCAUGUGUAAAUGGUGAAAAAUGAACAGACAUGAGUCGAUAACACACAGCUGGCCAAUCUCUCAUCUUUAUUGAAUUAUUGAAUGUCAAAAGGAGUUAAAUUGUCUUUCUUUACUUAUGGUGAAGGCUUGCUUUGGUCACUGGAGCAGUCUCCACACUUCAGUUCUCUUCAUCUAGAAUGAGAAAAAAAAAACAGUUUUCAAUCAGUAAACCAAGUUAACAGAUAACUGCUGUGUUCCAGAUUGGAUGUGGUUCAGGGAUUUACUCGGACAACUUAUCCUGAUAGAGUUAAGCUGCUUCUGGGAAGAGACGAGUCACCCAGGAUGCAGGGUGUUUUACUUUACGUUUGGUGAAAGUGAAUUAUCGCUGGACGAUAUAGCC